AUGGUUGCUCCACUCCUCCGCUCUCUGUGGUCCAACGCCGCUAGAAAAACCAAAUCUUCUUCCUCUUCCUCUAAUUAUCUGAGACCCCUUUCAUUUUCACGCGUAACGGGCUUCACGAGGUCCUUCUCCUCGACCACCGCCGCUGCCUCGUCACCGUCGACUGCGGAUGCUGGAGCCGCUGUGGAUCCCAGUAGGCUCCGGAAUGUCGCUGUAAUAGCUCACGUCGACCAUGGAAAAACCACUCUCAUGGAUAGGCUCUUGCGCCAGUGUGGCGCCGAUAUUCCACACGAGCGGGCCUUGGAUUCGAUCAGCCUUGAGCGCGAGCGUGGAAUCACCAUAGCCUCCAAGGUCACAUCUAUUUCAUGGAAAGGAAAUGAGCUAAACAUGGUUGACACUCCUGGACAUGCUGAUUUUGGUGGUGAAGUUGAAAGAGUUGUUGGCAUGGUUGAGGGAGCAAUUUUAGUUGUUGAUGCUGGUGAAGGUCCCCUGGCACAGACAAAGUUUGUUCUUGCAAAGGCCUUAAAAUAUGGUCUGCGUCCUCUACUUCUUUUGAAUAAAGUCGACCGACCUUCAGUUACCGAAGAAAGGUGCAGUGAAGUUGAGAGCCUGGUAUUCGAUCUUUUUGCUAAUCUAGGCGCUACAGAGGAACAAUUAGAAUUUCCUGUUCUUUAUGCUUCUGCAAAGGAAGGGUGGGCCUCUUCAACAUAUACAAAAUGUCCUCCUCAGGACGAGAGGAAUAUGUCUGAGUUGCUUGAUGCAAUCGUGAGACAUGUUUCACCCCCAACUGCUAGCCUUGAUGCACCUUUUCAGAUGCUGGUCUCUAUGAUGGAAAGAGAUAAUUACGUUGGUCGAAUUCUAACUGGCCGUAUCUAUUCUGGGAUUCUCUGCGUUGGUGAUAAAGUGCAAGGACUUCAUAAUACUGAUUCCGGGGUUGUCAAAAUUGAAGAAGGGAAGGUUGUGAAACUGAUGAAAAAGAAGGGCACAAAUAUUGUUUCAGUUGAUAGUGCAGGUGCUGGUGAUAUAGUGUCCAUGGCAGGGUUGACUAGUCCAGCAAUAGGGCACACGAUAGCAAGUUCUGAGGUCAUGACAGCUCUGCCAGCCGUUGAGCUUGAUCCCCCCACCAUUUCGAUGACUUUUGGCGUAAAUGAUUCACCAUUGGCUGGUAGAGAUGGUACUUACCUGACAGGAAGACAAAUAGGGGAUCGGCUUAUGGCUGAAGCUGAAAGAAAUCUUGCAAUCAAUGUGCUUCCCAGUAUGUCAGAAUCUUAUGAAGUUCAAGGGAGGGGAGAGCUUCAAUUGGGCAUCUUAAUUGAGAAUAUGAGGCGUGAAAAGUUUGAGCUUUCAGUCUCACCUCCUAAAGUGAUGUAUAAAACUGAAAAUGGACAAAAGCUGGAGCCAAUUGAAGAAGUGACUAUUGAGGUCAAUGAAGAGCAUGUGGGUUUAGUUAUGGAAGCUCUUUCUCACAGGCGAGGUGAGAUUACAGACAUGGGUCCAGUACCUGGCAAUGUUGGUAGAACCAGACUUUGUCUAACUUGUCCUUCUAGGGGUUUGGUUGGUUAUAGAAGUGUGUUCAACAGCGAUACACGAGGAACCGGAUUUAUGCACCGUGCCUUUUUGGCUUAUGAGAAGUAUCGUGGUCCCCUUGGAAAUGUCAGAAAAGGAGUAUUGGUUUCAAUGGGAUAUGGAACCAUCACUGCUCAUGCAUUGAUGAGUCUAGAAGCUCGUGGAAUACUUUUUGUCAAACCAGGAAUGGAGACCUAUGAUGGCAUGAUUAUUGGUGAACAUUCACGAGACACGGAUCUGGAUGUGAAUCCAGUGCGAACUAAGGAGCUAACCAAUGUCCGUGCUGCCUCCAAGGAUGAGAAUGUGAAGCUAACUCCUCCUCGCCUUAUGACUCUUGAAGAAGCAAUAGGGUAUGUUGCAUCUGAUGAACUAAUUGAGGUUACUCCUAGCGCUAUUCGUUUAAGAAAGAGAUAUCUGGAUGUUAAUAAGAGGAAAUCAAUGAGUAAAAAACCAAAGCAGUGA